CUUCGUCCGAACCGGGCAUGCAACGGAGCGGCCUUGUCGAAAACGUCAUCGCUUGAUCAACCGGGUCAAGUUUCAAGAUCUCCGAGAUGCAUUACUUUCAGAGCGAAGUAGGAGUCAAAAGAACGGAGGAGGUGGAGACCCAACCUCGAGGAUAGACUCAGGGAUCAAAUACUCAACGCCCAUCAGCCCAAUCGAGCAAAAAUGCGGCGCUCGGCGCCCGUGAUCCAGGAGGGUUCGAGGCCCUCUGAUCUUGCAUCGGAUGGAAGUUGCGAGUUGUGUACGGGCGGAACCUAGCCGGAAACCCAACCAGCUGGCUCGCAUAGACUGCAAUGAAUGGGGAACUAGCAAUGGAUCGCUUUGAAUCAGGAUGAGUCCAAGUUGAAGCGCUAAAGCUCAACGUUCGGAUCGGAACUUGUGAAGGCAGAAACUUGUAAUUAUCAGCUAGGCUCAUCACGUGCACUGUCCCUGCCAUUGACGCGUCAUAACUGGGGUCAUCUUCCGCUGCCCCUAUGUAAUUUCACGACCAUCCAUUCACGACAAGCUCCAAUCCGAAGUACAAUGGACAAAGCAGCGUCAAUCACUGCAGCGUUUGAAGCAGGCAAAUUGCCCACGACGGACCAAGUGAACCAGUUCCUCGAUUGGUUGUUAACAAGUGUGGUUCCUGCCGUGCAGCCUGUAGCGGAUGCAUUGAGCGGACAGGGCCGUGUACUGGCGAAUGACGUCCGCAACAUCCUGGAGGCCUACAAAGCGCUCAAUGAUCACAAAAACAAGGAUAACGUGCUGCAGGAAGCGCUGUGGCAUCUCUCACAAGGCGAUGCAGAGGUCUUGGUCUCAUCCGCCGACGAUGUCGUCGACACGAAGGAAGUCUCCUCGGACGCAAAAGCCGUCAGCGACUCGCUCCGCUCCAUUCUAGCCAUCGUAUGGCAGAGCAUCGCCUCAGAGGGCAGUUUUCUCUUCAAUGACUUCGCGUCUUUCGCGCGUCUCGCGCUUGCCGAUGCGGCGGAGGCCGUCGAGCAAGGUGCUGGACGUGCGAAGGAAGGACUUCGGCAAGUCGAGGAUGAUGUUCAGGAAGGAAAGCGUGACAACUUGGGCCGAGACAAACAGCGGGUUGAGGAGGAGAAGGAUGUCCGUGUUGCCUUCGAGCACGGUAUGGACACGCUCAAGGAUGCAGGAUCGGGACUGAUUGGUGCCGGACAAACCGCCGUCGAGAAGACGCAGGACGUGUCCGAACGCACCUCCUCCCGUUUGCAGAAAGCGUAUCAAAAUGCUUGCCAACGAGCCCAGAAUGAUCGGGAAUAUCAUGAUUCUCUCUCCAACCUUUUCGAUACCAUACACAAGUGGAUAUCCAAGGCAUUCGACUCAAGCAAGCCUUUCACGCUUGACGAUCUGGUUGAAGAUACGUCUUCUGAACAACACCUGCACAAGGCUCUCGGCGCGAUAAAGACAUUCAUCGAUCGCUUUGUCUCUCACGAGAUUUCUGUCGAUGACGUGCUCGGAAAGGGUCAACUCUUUAUCUCUGCGGUCCGCGGGGACUCAGUCGAGGUCAAAGACUGGCUCGACAAAUUCUUGGCUCACGCUCACAAGUCGUUGGAUGAUGCAGAUUAUCCAAAUUCGGACGAAGCCAAGGAUUUACGGCGUCAGCUGCGCAAGCAGUGGCGUGAGCUGCUCGAUGCGGACACGGAAGCCGGUCACGCUUGGACUGAAUUCAAACAGUCCGUGCAGACUUUCGGAAAAGCUCUCACCUCAGACAAAGACAUUGAAAAGUUGCGAGAUGUUCACAGCCGCCUUGGUGCCGAUAUCGAGCGUGGGCUGGUUGAAGCCGGUGACAAGGCCGAGACUGGCGUACAGGCUGUCUUAGAAAAGGUGUCUUGGUUCUGGCAUGAUUUGUUUGCUGUUUACGCCCCGCGUAUGCUCUCUAUGCUCAAAGAUCUACCUAUUCCGCGAACGGAGUACGCAGAUAAGGAUGUUGAGCUCGUUCUCGAGAAUCUGGACAUCUCCACCUUGUCCCUCAACCCCGCUCACAUCUUUAUCCGCAAUAUCACCGAUAUUGACGUGCGAACGAGUGAGAACGCGGCAGCAACCACGGCCGGCGUUGGAACAUACACACACAUCCGUCUCCAAGCUGUUCAGCUGGCUCUCAAGGAUGUUUCCUUCUACUACAAUGACAAAACGGCGACGUUCCCACCCAGCGAGCACACGGGCUUGCUCGAGCUCAAGAUGCCUCCACAGGGUAUCGACAUCGACUUGAAGAUUCGGCUCAUCCCGUCUGCCAAGGAACGCGAGUCGCGUCGCGCAUUCAACCAAAUCGAGAGCCUCACUGUCAAUAUCUCGGACGACGUCGAGCUCACAGUCCGAGAGAGUAAUCAUCCCAUCGUCCUCACUGUCUUCAAACCCAUAUUCAACAUGCGCUUCCGCGAUGCUCUCGGCAAGACCCUUUCCGAGCAGUUCCGUGCCGCAAUCACCUGGCUCGACGCUGUGGCUUAUGAUACCGGCCGUCGUUCUGAAGUAUUUUCGGAUGCUGGACUCGGACCGGGCUCAUCUCUGAUGGCUGCAGUGUGGUCUGAAAUCGGCCGCCUGACGAAGGGACAAAGCUACGGCUGGCGGGCGACGGGAACUGGGCUGGUUAUCGAAGACGAUGCAGGCCAAGCCAAGUUCGCCAUCGGCGCUGAGCCUCAAGUCUUGAGCGGCGAGAAACGCGGACCUGUCGGCACCGCAUCCGAGAGUCUGGACAAGCGGGCAGGUGAUGCAGUCAACGCUCUUAAAGGUGAAGUCGGUGGAGAUGCGCAGGACGCGAAGAAUGCGGCGAAGGAAGGAGCGAAGGAUGUCAAGAAACACGUCGAGGGUCUCGUUGAUGACGGCAAGAAGCAAGUGCGGUCGUUCCAGCGCACAGUCGAACGCAAAGUCACCGAAGAGAAGAAGUCGAAGGGAUGGAAGAGUCAAGCUUUCGAUUUGUGAAGUCGACCGAUUUGAGUCUGUAGCCAGAACAAUUGUAACAUCUGUGUAAACUCGGCCUGUAUACUACGCGUUUUUGUCGGCAAUCAAUGGAG